AUGUUCAGCCUUUUGGCAGUUCUCCUCUUUAUCUCGGAGAGGAGCAGAACGGCAGCGAAGCCUUACGCCGGUCUGAAAACCUGGGGUAGAUUCAACAAGCUGCCCUAUCCGGGGGACAAAGCCUUCCUCUAUGACACCUUCCCCAAGGGCUUCAUGUGGGCGGUGGGCACGGCGGCUUACCAGGUGGAGGGGGCAUUCGAGAAGGAUGGCAAGGGUCUGUCGGUCUGGGACACCUUUACGCGCGGUGGGAACCGGAUGACCACCGGGGACGUCGGCAGCGACAGCUAUCACAACAUCCACGCUGACAUCCGGGCCAUAAAACAGCUCGGGGUCAGCCACUACAGGUUCUCCCUGUCCUGGUCCAGGAUAUUCCCCAACGGGACGCGGGGGAGUUAUAAUGAAAUCGGCGCCAACUAUUACCGGACCCUCAUAAGGAAGCUGAGGGAGAUCCACGUCAAGCCCGUGGUCACACUGUACCACUGGGACCUGCCAGAGCACCUUCAGCAGACCUUCGGCGGCUGGGGCAACCCGGUGCUCAUCGAGCUUUUCAGAGACUACGCUGAUUUUUGUUUCCAGCAUUUCGGAGAUGACGUGGAGUAUUGGAUCACCGUUGACAAUCCGUUUGUGGUUGCCUGGCAUGGGUACGGCACCGGCGUGGUCGCUCCCGGGAUAAAGAACGACCCGGAUCUCCCGUUCCGAGUGGGUCACCAUCUCCUGAAGGCUCACGCGGCCGUAUGGCAUCUCUACAACCGCCACUAUCGACCUCGACAGCAGGGCAAGCUGUCCAUGGCGCUGGCUUCCCAUUGGAUCAAGCCGAGUCGUACCCGCCGUGAAAGCCUGAGGGACUGCCAGUGCUCCCUGGACCACGUCCUAGGCUGGUUCGCCCGGCCGCUGUUCACCGACGGGGACUACCCACCUUGCAUGAAGGAGAGGCUGGGCUCGCGGCUGCCCUCCUUCACCCGGGAGGAGAGGGAGCAGGUCAGGGGCACGGCGGACUUCUUUGCUCUCUCCCAUGGAGCGGCCCUGAGCUUCCACCUGAUCAACGACAGCCUCAAGUUUGGACAGCUGGAGGAUCUGGACCUGAGGAUGCUGCUGUUCUGGGUCAACACUGAGUACGACAAGCCGCCCAUCUUUGUGGUGCAGAGCGGUUGGUACGUUUUGGGGAACACGAAGACGCAGGACCCUAAACACAUGUACUACCUCAAGAGAUUCAUCGUGGAGGCGCUGAAAUCCAUCAGCAUAGAUGGUGUGAAUGUGAUCGGCUACACGGCUUGGUCUCUGAUGGACGGCUUUGAGUGGCACAGGGAAUACGGGAUACGACGUGGGCUUUACUAUGUGGACUUCAACACUCCUGACAUGAAGAGGGAGCCAAAGACGUCCGCCACUUUCUACAGGAAGCUGAUCCAGAGCAAUGGUUUUCCUGAGCUCCCAGAGAACCGGCCGGCUCAAGGGGUUUUCCCAUGCGACUUUGCCUGGGGAGUGUCUGCUAACUCCAUACAGGUGGAGACCACACCCACCCAGUUUGCUGACACCAGUGUGUACCUCUGGAACAUCUCCAACAACGGGGAGCUGAGGAGGUUGGAGGGUCUCAGCGCUCCACCGCUGCGCCGAACCCCACACUGUGCAGAUUACACAUCCAUCCGGCAGCAGGUGGAUGAAAUCCGACAAGUGGGGGUCACUCACUUCCACUUCUCCCUCAACUGGUCAGCGCUGGUGCCCACAGGUCAUGUCGCCCAUCCCAACACCACGCUGCUGGGUUACUAUCGCUGCUUCACCCGUCAGCUGCUCCGGGCCAACGUCACGCCGGUAGUCACGCUUUGGCACCACACUCGCCAACGCAGCAGCCUGCCUGCCCCGCUGGACACCGUCAAUAAGUGGCUCAACAGAGAGACUCCAGAGGCCUUCGCGGACUAUGCCAGGCUCUGUUACAGGGAGUUGGGUGCUCAUGUGAAGCUAUGGAUCACCCUAAAUGAGCCCAACGAUGAGGUGGUUACCUACCAGGAGGGGCAUCAGAUGCUGCGGGCACACGCGUUGGCUUGGCGUGUCUAUGACCGGGAGUUCAGACACUCCCAGAGAGGGCAGGUGUCCCUGGCUUUGCAUAUGGACUGGGUGGAACCGGCCUUUUCAUUCAGCCGGGAGGAUGUGGAGCCUGCUAAGAGGGUGCUAGACUUCAGCAUCGGCUGGUUCGCGGAGCCCAUCUUUGGGAAUGGGGACUACCCACUGGGCAUGAGGAGUUGGCUGCGUCAGCUCAAUUCCCUUGACCUGCCAGUGUUCAAUGAAGAGGACAGACAACUGGUGAAGGGAACGUAUGACUUCUUUGCCAUAAGCCACUUCAGUACCAAGCUGGUGACUCACGCCAAGGAGGACUCGUACACUUACACAGCCAAGCUUGAGGUUCAGCACAUGAUAGACACUACCUGGAUCAUGUCCCCCAGACCCGUGGUGCCAUGGGGCCUGAGGAAAGCUCUCAACUGGGUGAAGGAGCGCUACAGUGAUGUGCCUGUCUAUGUGAUGGCCAACGGGGUGCAGGAGGACCGGGCCCGCUUCAAAGACAGCCUGAGAGUCUACUACCUGUACAACUACAUCAAUGAGGCGCUGAAAGCGUGUACUCUGGACGGUGUAAACUUAAAGGGCUACUUCGCUUAUGCGCUGAGUGACCAGAGGGACCCGGGCUUCGGCCUGUACGGGCACAUCCAUGAUGAAGUCAUCAUCAAGGCGUCCCUCUCCAACUACCGCAACAUCAUCCAGAAAAAUGGCUUUCCCAUACAGGGCGCCACACCACUGCAGUGCCCCAGCCGGCCCCGCCCCUGUCUUGGCUGCCACGUCUUGACCAAGAGGCCUGUGGUGGGCUUCCUGAGUCUGGUGGGCUCCGGCGUCCUGAUCAUCCUGAGCCUCAUUAUCUACUACGCAGCCAAGAGACAUAAAGAGUGUUACUGA